GUAUUGACCUCUCAUUGACCUUCGAAGCCUCAAGCGGACUGCGCAUGCUUGUGCAAGCCGUCUAUAUACAUAUAAAAAGAUAUGCCUUACCGAUAGCCGGUUUUCCCCAUGCGUGGAAUUCUUCCUGGGCGGCCCCAGGCAAAGCUGCAAGCUGUCACCCAAGGCCUGUGGGAAGGCAAUCAGAUCAUUGCUUACAUAUCUGGCAAUUGCUUCGUUAUCCUAGACCGCCCAAACCAUGUGCUACAGACGAUCUACAUCCACGAGGAGACGGAGCUCGAAGCCAUUAUAUUCCACGAUGAAACCGGAAAGAUAGCCACGUGUUCAACAACCCAUAUUUAUGUCUACAAACCAUACGGACACGAUGAGGGUUUUGUCAAGUGGUCGCUUCAAGGAACUAUGGCCUUGCCCGACCCCGAAGACAAAAUCACGACGCUCUCGUGGGGCAUGCCAGAUGAAGUGCUCGCGGGCAGUGCUUCACUGACCCUCUUUAACACGCAUGACACAAUCGAGCGCAUCUGGACAAAGAAGCUUGCGAAUCCUGUCAAGUUCGCACAGUUCUCGCCCGAUGCGGAGAUGAUAGCGUCGACGGGCACCUAUGACCGCCUCUUAAAAAUAUGGAGGCGCCAAACUUUCGGCUCCGCACCACCCAGUUUUGAUUACUCGUACCUCUCCCACCCGAUGGCCGUGACUGGUAUCCACUGGCGUCCGCCGUUUCAUAGGGAGCAAACAACGGACAAUGUGCUAUAUACGAUUUGCGCGGACAACAAGGUGAGGGUAUGGGUACCGGGCGAGCAUCACGGCGCCGAAGGGUUGGAGCUGUGGGCAGUGGUGGACUUACUUGAAUCCAUCAAGCCAAGAUCCUUGCCCAUACACGAGCAGUCGCAGAAACGGUACGCUUUUUUCAUCGAUGGAAAGCACUUCACACAUGCGACGGAACGAGCUGUGCAACAGGCGACGAGCGAUGAGAAAGAUCAGAUGGCUUUGCAUCACCUCGUAGAGGUUGCGAAUCGCAGUCCGGAGAUAUGCGUUGUGCUUGACGAUCGUGGAAAUAUGUCGGCUUGGGGAUUCGAGAACAUUGGAUCAAAGACUAGGAAGACAUCCGAUGUCUUCAACAUUGCUCACGUCGAAGGACUGCGUCUUCAUUUUGCAAAGAGCCCAAUAGGGCUGCACGAUAACAUACAGUUCUACCCUUUCUGCGGCGGAAAGCCUGAAUCGCCCUUAACCAUACUGUCUCAUCACUUCGAUGGGAGGAUAGAAUGGCUAGAAUCACGAAUCGACUAUCUCUUCGAUCCUUCUCCGCACAGUCAACGCAUACAACGUAAAACGAUCUGGACAGGCCAUUCACAUGCUGUGAAGAAGGUUAACCGUACUCCCAGCGGACGGGCCUUGGUAUCUAGAACCGUUCAGGACGAGUGCAUUGUUUGGUUACAGAGGAACACGGACCAGGGUGUAACUCUCCACCGGCAUAGUAUGGUCACUGAUACCGAUCACAUCCAUCGGACGCUGUUGUUCCAUGAGGGAGACUUUGUGGUCUUCCUCCAUCAUGAGCGCAUAUGUCUAUGGGAUACACGCGGGCCUCUUGCGAUCGAGGUAGCCUGCUGUAAGUACACAUUACAAGGAAAGCCGCUGUGUCUUCUUCUCAUCCCGGAGACGGAGGCUGGCGGUAGAUGCAUACACGUAGCCACCAUAAGCUCCUUGCUCAAGGGCAUUUGCUGGGAGUUGAAGCUACCGCCCCCGCAGCGCGAUCCGGCCACUGGCCGCAGGGUGUCACUCAUCGCCGCUCAAACGAAUGGAGCAUAUACCAACGGGCACCCUGAGAUCGCCAUGGAGGAAUUUUGUACCUUCGAUUUGGGCUCUGGCGUGGAUCUUGCGUACGUCUUGCCUGUCGAUCCGGCCGGCACUCCGCAUGUCAUCUCAGGAUUCCUCGACACUUUUGCCCGCGAUGUUGCAAUCUCAUAUACUACAACUGGCGUCAUCACAACGUGGACUGCACGCGUAGAUAAGGAAAGGCGCGAAGUGGAAUGGCUGCGCACCGGCGUCGUUGAAACGAGUCUGCAUAACCCAGCUUUGCUGAGCGGGACCUCAAUUCGAAAAGCGGCUCUAGUUGAUGCCGAUAAGACGACCUUGACCAUCUGGAACACAAGAAGUGCGCAGCUCGAGUACGAGGAGACGUUCGAGGGUAGUGGCCUCAUCCACGACGUUGAUUGGUCUUCGACGCCGGAUAACCAGUCAGUGCUGGCUGUCGGCUUCCCUCAUCGUGUACUCAUGUACGCGCAACUCCGGUACGACUACCUCAACGCUGGCCCUUCAUGGGUGAGAAUAAGAGAAGUAAGCAUUCGAGACUCCACACCACAUCCGAUCGGCGACUCUGUAUGGCUAGGCAGCGGAAAUCUAGUGAUGUGUGCGGGCAAUCAACUUUACAUCCAAGACGAACACGUGCAGGUGACAGAGGCCCUGUUCCCCAGUUUGCGCCUGAUAUCACAUAAGACAGCAUCUGUCGAUAUUUUUAUGACUGUUAGCCGGCUCAACGGACCACUACCUGUGUACCACCCGCAAAUGCUGUCUCAAUGUGUUCUUGCGGGCAAGCUCAUGUUGGCUCAGCGAAUCCUGAUAAACCUGUAUCAGAAAUUGAAAUUCUUCACUCAAGGGGAUGAACUCGAUAGCUUUGUGGGAGUUUCGCCGGAACACUUCUUCGAAGAUGCUGAGCCCCAGAUGACAGCCUCCCGUAAAGAUCUGAAAUCAUCAUACGUUGACUUCACGGACGAAACCGAGCCCUCAACGUUGACAGAGGAAGCGGCUGCAAGGUUGAAUGAGCUUCUAACUCAGAAAGUCCUUCCGAUCCUCUCCUCUCGCGAGCAGUUCCACCUGGCGGAUAUCGUAGAGUGCAUCGGCACUGUGGAGAAACAUCGACGUUCGAUUGAUGACAACGCCGGGCGCUUCAUGCUCUUCUUCCGCCAACAUGCGCUUAGAGGUUCCAAUGCACCGAUCCAUUGGAGGGAGAUCACGUGGGCUUUUCACUCUGGUAGUCAAGACAUUCUGGUAGAUCUUGUCAGCAGGCACUUCAGCGGGCGCAUGUUGUGGCAGCAUGCUAGAGAGUCUGGGCUUUUCAUGUGGCUGACGGACAGCAACGCCAUUCGCACCCAGUUCGAAAUCAUAGCCCGGAACGAGUACACGAAAACAGAAGAAAAGAAUCCAGUUGACUGUUCGUUAUACUAUCUCGCUCUUCGCAAGAAGGCUGUUCUACUAGGGUUGUGGCGUAUGGCCACCUGGAGCAAGGAGCAAGCUGCCACCCAACGCCUACUAGCCAACGACUUCGUGGAGGAGCGAUGGAAGACUGCUGCCCUCAAGAACGCAUAUGCGCUCAUGGGAAGACGCAGGUUUGAGUAUGCUGCCGCUUUUUUCCUUCUGGCGGAUCAUCUGCAUGAUGCAGUUAGCGUACUUCACAACCAACUGGGGGAUACACAAUUGGCUAUUGCUGUCGCGCGCGUCUACGAGGGCGAUGACGGACCCGUUCUACGGACUUUCUUGACGGAGAAGAUUCUUCCGCAGGCGGCACGGGAUGGCAAUCGAUGGCUGGCGACGUGGGCAUACUGGAUGCUGAAUCGACGCGACAGUGCCGUGCGGGCGCUCAUUACGCCUCUCAGUACGCUGUUGUCGCCUCCCGAAACUCCGAAUCUCAAAAGCAAGAGCUAUCUCACUGACGACCCCGCUCUUGUCGUGCUCUACAAGCAGCUGCGGGAGAAGAGUCUGCAGACGCUCAGGGGCGCGACAAUGGUGCACUUACGUGAGGAGUGGGACUUUGUCAUACACACUGCGAAUCUCUAUCAGCGCAUGGGGUGCGAUUUGCUUGCACUUGACCUAGUCAAAUCAUGGGACUUCCUCACCCCAAGCCGCUCACAGCUAUUCGCGCACGUACGCCCCCGCUCACCGGCCGUACACCAUGAACCAACUCCCACGCCGCUCCCGUCUACACAGACGUUCGCAGAUCUCGGCUUUGACGCAAGAAAACUGCUCCGUAGGAGGAGCUCGCUUGUCAUCGAUGAUAUAUCUACACGAGAGCGCAUCAAGGAGCUAGUCGCCGCUGCGAAAGCCAGUCAGGAGGGAGCAAAGGAGGACGAGAAGAAGAAGGAGGAGAAGGAGAGGGAGAGGGAGAAAGAGAAGCACGCGGAGGUGAAGAAACCGCCUCCGACGCAGUUCCAGGAGCCAGAUGCGAAUAGCUUGCUGGAUAGUUUUGGGUUUUAGCGGGUGAGGGUGGUUUGUGGUGAGGGAGGGUUUGUGGAUUGGGGGACGGGUGCAUGGCUGGGUGUUUUGGUGUCUGGGUAACCGAUCUGUGUUAUGGCUGUGUCUCGAGAGUAGUUGGUUUAUGCAUAGCCUAUGUACAUUGAUAUUA